GGGGGAGGGGGAUGUAUGAUGUGUUAAACAGAAGGAUUAGAAAUAGUGAAAUCAGUAGAUAGAUAGAUAGAUAUAAAUAUUAUUUUAUAUAUUUAUAUAAUUUUUUUUCUAGUUGGAAAUUUCAAUCUAGUUAGAGACAAUACUGUUUUAUUAAAAUUUUUGAUAAAGUUUUGUUCUCUAAAAUUGGAUGGUUUGAUAUUGGAGCUUUUAUUGUUAUUCUAAAUGAUAAUAUCAGCACAAACUUUAAAUAGAAGUGAUGCAUUCGAAUUUCUUCAUAUAUGGUUUACAGGUUGUCUUAUAGACUUCAAUCUUGAGUGUUUAAUUCAUUAUUUUGAUUUUAUCUCCAAUUGAUUUAAUUAUGUAUUUGUCCAUGAUUUUUCUGAUUAGUUCAUAAAUUACAUUGAUUUCAAUGUGUUUAUUGAUUGUUCACACAGUUCACUUCUACCUGGAGUUUGUUCUGAUGACAUCGUUCAGAACAACUAUGAAAGCUCCACUAUCAAACCAUUCAGUUCAGAGAACAAAACUCCAUCAAAAUCAUCCACCUGAGCUACUAAUCUUCUCCACUAUCUCACUGUCUUACAUCAAAUGAGUUGAUAAAUGAUCAUAUGGAUUUUAUAUUUGCCCACCACUGUUGCUACCUUGACGUGAUGGCUGGGCUUUCCUAUCGUGAUGAAGCAGUCGACCUAUACUGACUGGAAAAAUCGUUCCUCAAGAUCGUACCAUGUCAGAAAAAUCGGUUGAAGAGCGGUAAGACUAGAAGCAGCAGACCGAAGGUCUGAGGGCGAAGUCGUACUGUUGACUGUACAGAGGUGUGACGGUAGUAAGGUGUUUUUUUUUCAGAUAACCAGCAUGACAGCGAUGCUGCUUUCCCGCAAGAAGGAGUGGCGUUAGGAAAGGUCGACUAUGAAAAAAUCGAGCGAAAAACGUUCCUAUUCUAGCAGAGUUCUUUCUCUAACACAUAUCGAAAGGCAAUGUUAUCACGGUAGUCUGAACACGGUCCAGCAGUCAUUUGAUUACCACAAUCACAAAUAAAAGAACUUUUUAAUAUUUCCAUUUGUUAUAGCCGCUUAAUUAUCACGUCUUCUCUAAAACCCUCUGUAAACCGACCGUACGUGUGUAUAAGGUACUAAAAUUGGAGCAGUGACCUUGAAAUCCUUCAGACGCUUCUGACUGACUCGUCCAUGAACUAUAUUCUCGCCCCCUGGAUCUAGGUUUCGCGUUACUUGGUGGUCAUCAGCAAGGUGUCCCCACAGUCUUAAGGGAUCUGAUGCCUCUUGACAAAUUCAGUUCCAUGUUUUCCAGCUUCACAGUCAGAGGUGUUACCGCCGAGCUUUCCGAACUUCGAAUGACCUUCUGACGUGUUCUAAAUAACACGAAAUUUAGAUCCAUGGUUUCCUGUAGAUUAACUCCAACCACUUAUUCAUCGUAACAUAGUACAGGCGAUGUCGAAUCACCUAGACUAGUGGCCACAUUCAAUCUGCAUUAAGAUGAACUUGAUAUAAUUGAUAUUGAUCACUACCCAGUGAUUAUUCUUUUAAAAAGUUUUAAUGCUUAUAGAUCAAUUUUGCCGCCACGUUACAACAGAGAGUACAGUGUAAUUUGUACGAGGUAUUACGAAACCAACAAAUUAGAGGAUAUAGAAAGUGAAUGUUUACUGACUGUUAACGUGAAAAGAUUUUCCACGCGAACUUAGUUUGGAAUUAAAACUUCUACAGAAACCUUCAAAUAUCGUUGAGGAAGAUGUUCUUCGUAAUUAUUAUGAAAACUAAAACUCUACAACACUUCACUAUCAAUGUGAUAUACUUAAAUUAAGGUUACUUUUUUGAUGACAACAAUUUGUAUCGAUUGACUCAUUUUAUCUUACAAAGUGUACCAAUCGAUAACUGUGUAGGAUGUUGCUUUCUUCAACUUAUUUCAAAUCAUAAACCAUCAUGUCUAGAUAGAUGUUAAUUGAAUAUGAACAGUGAAAUUCUCUGAUUUUCAUUCAUCACAAAUGAUUCCGUCUUAUUAAAUUAUUCAAUUAAAGCAGUAUACAAAAUAGCUAAACAUUUAAUUAUAUCAGAAGGGGUUUUGUGGAGAUUUUAGAAAAUUCACUGAUUGAAAUCAUGAGUCAGUUGAAGCUAGAUCACCAUGAAAAACCUGGAAGCACCGUUGGAUGAUGGCUCGGUGGUCUAGUUGGUUAAGCACCUGGUGCGAGACCGAUAGGUCCCAAGUUCGAAUCUCGCGGGGUCGUGGGCGCGCACUGCUGAGGAGUCUCAUACUAGGACGAGACGGCCGUCCAGUGCUUCUUGGUUUUCCAUGGUGAUCUAGCUUCAAUUGACUCAUGAUUUCAACCAGUGAAAUUUAAUUAUAUGUUUUAAAGUCAUAUUAAAAUCACUGAAUAUUCAUAUUCGCAAUCUGAAUGUUACGUGCAAAAAUGUUACAUGUAUUUAAAUUGAGAUCAUAAAGUGAUUAAUCAUAGAUCAUCAUUGAGAAUCUGGAAGCAAUGGAUGGCUGUUCUCAGAGUUCUAGUGAGAACUCGUAACCAAUCAAGUUCACUCACCGACAACAAUGAAAGAUCGUCGCGCAAUUUCGUGAAUUUAUUGAAGUUAAACAUUUACAGCGUUCGCGUCUGCACACGAGACAGAAGAUCCCAGUUACGAAUCCUAUUUGAGAGAUCGUAGAUAACACUGUUGAAGAGUUCCAUACCAUGAUAAAACAGCUGUCUAGUGCUUCCAGGUUUUCAAUGCUGGUCUAACAUUGAUCGAUUCAUGAUCUUAAUUAAAAACUCAACAAUCUCCACAAUCCUUUACUGAUGGAUAUAUACAUAUAUCUUCAUCUUACAAUCUAUAUACAUUAUCGAUUAAUCGUCGCCAAGUUUAUGACUAUUGUUCAUUUCAAAUUUUUAUAUUUUAUAACUUAUAUGAACAUGUUUAAUUGAAGUUUCGUUUUAUUACCGAAUAUCAUUGAUUCUUAAUGUAACAUGUUCUAUUCUUACGUAACUUUAAAUGUUUAUCAAAUUUACAUUUUGUUACAUUUUACUUUAAAUUUAUUCGAUAAAGAAACAAAGAAGAAGAGACUAUCGGCAUGAAACAUUUUGAUUUAUGCCUUUUCUUUGUAGACAUUUUGUUACUUCUUCUAUGACUUGGAUAUUGAUAGUCUAGAAGAAUUGUAUUAUCCGAUAGAUAAUCAUUUUCUUUCAUUAUGUUACUGUGUCUUAUGAUCUAUACAGAUAUGAUCUAAACUUGCCAAGUUCUGAUUUUUAUCUGAACAGUGUUAACAUGUAGCAAUUCUGUUUAAGAUUAAUUAUUUUAGUCAACAUCUUGAUGAAACUAAUUACUUCUAUUACUUAUAUAUCUUCCAUGUAAUAAUUCCUUUUUCAAUCAUUUUCUAAGCUUAAUUUAUUUCAACAUGGAGUCAUAUUAGAUUUAUCUACAACUGAAGAAUAUCUGGAACUCAAAACAACUAUCCACAAGCCAACAUCGAACUCAGAAGUUUCAAUACAAAUUUCGAAACAGUUCUACUGUAUGGAAUGGAAACUUGGAGAACUACCACAACCAUCUUCCAGAAGAUACAAGUGUUUAUUAACAGUUGUCUACAGAAAAUACUUCAGGUCCGUUGACCAGACACUAUCGGCAACAACCAACUGUGAGAAAGACCAAACCAGAUCCCAGUGGAGCAAGAAAUCAGGUUGAAGCGCUGAAAGUGGAUAGAACACAUAUUGAGGUAAGCACCCAAAUUCGUCACAAGGCAAGGUCUCACUUGAAAUCCUCAAGGCCAAAGGAAGAGGAGAUGAGAAAGACUAAAGAACAAAUUAUGCCGAGAAAUGAUUGAAGAUUUGGCAAUUAAACCACUUAAUUGUGAGAAGAAUAACAGAUGAGAUUGUUGUUUUUGUUUUUCUUUUAAUUAUUUUACUUAACUAAUUUACGUAUCCAUUAGUAACAUUAAGUAAUUAAUAUACUAAUUAAGUUUCGUUGAUAUAUUUGUUUUUUUUCGAGGUUUAUACUAAUUUGGAUUAUAUAUUUUCACAUGUUCUUGAUGAAGUAUUGUUCUCUGAGCUGGAUGGUUUUGUCGUGGAGAUUUCAUCGUUCUUCUGAAUGGCAUCAUCAGCAGCACAAACUUCAGGUAGAAGUGAAAUGUUUGAAUUUCUUGAGAACAACUGUACUUUCUCCACGAGUAUCUUCGUCAACAUGUUCUACCAACAAGUGUAAAAUAUAGACUUCCAUGGAUGGAGAAUAGCUGAGCAAAGUAGAAGAAAAGUAGUACAUCUAGUGAUAACGGAUGCAUAUUACAGGAUCCACAAAUAACAACACCUCAUAGAGGACCAGAAGAUGAAGCUAAAGAAGAAACUUACGUCAGAAUAUUUGGAAACCUUAACAAGUGGAGAAAUUCAAAUACUUCACUUCUACUUGAAGUGAAACCAGCUGAAAGCUGGUUUGUUCUUUCACACAGAAAAAUGUUAUUGAUGGUAUCCGGCCAACGGAUAUUGAGUAUCUGUGAUAUUCUAUUCAGUAUAACAUACCAUAUUCUUGUAUUAAAUGAACAAUGAUAUAUGUGAUUUUAUCUUAAUUAAUAAGCAAAACGGGUGUACGAAUCAAUAUACAAAUGAGUUUGUUUUCGACUAGGGUCGUCGUCGUCGUGUUUUGGAUAAAAAAAAGUCUCCACCAUUUUUGAUGUUCUUACUUGGCAUUAUAGGAAUUGCAAUGAUUCCUCAUUUUGAAAGUAUAAGUAAUAAGCGGUUCUAACAUAACAAUGAAUGAAGACAGAGUCAUAACAUUAAAGGAAAGUAUUUUCUUUCAAAUAUAAAGUUUUCUGAUAUCUAUAUUCAUGAUAUUGUCUGUGAAUUGCUAUAACUAUCUUUAUGCAUUUUCUGUUCACCAAUAUACCUUUAACUGAAACUAUUGACUUUGUUUGCCAACAAUUACAUGAAAAACAAAUCAAUAUUGGAAUUGCUGAGUUUAGUCUCAAAGAAUUAUCUUUGAAAUGUACAAUGAAUGUCCAUUUUAUUUUUAAUAAUAAACAUUAUAGACAAAUUGAUGAUAUAGCGAUAGGUUCACCUCUAGGUCUUAUGCUUGUGGAUUAUUUUCUUGCGAAACUAGAAAACGAAUCUGUCAAAGACGUUAUCAAUAAGCUUAACUUCUACUGUCGUUACGUUGAUAACACUUUCAUUAUUAUCGAUCAGAACGUUGGAAAAGAACUCUUAGAACUACUCAACAAUAAACAUCCAGCCAUCAAAUUUAUGUGUGAAGAGAAACUUGAUAAUAAACUACAUUUCUUUGAUGUUUUGUUAAAUAGAAAAGAAAAUGGUUCUAUCAGUAGAAAUGUGUAUAGAAAAUGUUCUUCAUUAAGCCAAUACACACAUUCCUUAAGCUUUGUACCUCUUCAUUAUAAGAAAAACUUAGUUAAAUAUCUGACAAAUAGAGCUAUUAAGAUAUGUUCAGUUGAUACAAUUAACAAGGAAUUAGAGCUCCUGAAGAAACACUUGCGUGUAACAAAUAAAAAAAUAACGACAUCAAAGGCUAGUAAGAAACCUCUCUUCGUGAAGCUGCGAUUCAAUGGAUAUGUAGUUGGUGAUGUACUACAUGAUAAACUGACUAGAGUAGUGAAGAGAACGCUUAAUGCAGCCAACCUCUGUCUAUCGUAUUCGACCCGAUCUAUGGUGUUUCCUCAACUAAAGAAUAAGUUACCUGGUUAUGCCACUUUUAUGUGUAUCUACGAAUUCAGCUGCUCCUGUGGAGAAAGCUAUAUCAGGCGCACUACCAGACAACUGAACCAAAGAGUUAGUGAACAUCUCCCAUCGUGGUUAGGAAAACGUUCUGUCAAGACAAUAAAUAAAAGCUUUUCAAAUCAUUUACUUUACUCAAAUGAUGAAUUUGCCUGUUAAUACUUUACUUAAAUUAACAUUUUAAAUCAAUUAAUUUUUCAUCUGGUCAUAUUCUGAUAUUUUUGACAACGAUUAAUUGAUAUGAUGUAAAAUUGGAAAAACAAAAUCCAUUUUAACCUGACCUGAACAAUGAACAAUUGUGGAAUUGAAAUUACUACAAUCUUAACAAAACCCCUUCUGAUAUCAAUGACCAUAUUCUCACUAGUGACUGCCUUCAAGAGUUAUAUUCUGGAGUUCUAGUGAGAAGCAGUGACCAGUGGAGUCCAACCGGGUCUAUUGUGAAAUAGUAACCCUCUGAUGACAAUGGUGGGUGCGUGGCACAAUUUCUUGAAUAAGUUAAAGUUAAACAUUAACACUGUUGGAUGACGGCUAAAUGAUUUAGUGGCUAAGCGCUCGUGUGCAAGAUUGAUAGGUCCUGUGUUCAAAUUUCGCGUGGCGGGAUCGUGGAUGUGCACUGCUGAGGAGUCCCACAAUAGGACAAAACAGCCGUCCAGUGCUUCCAGGUUUUAAAUGAUGGUCUAACAUCAAUCGAUUCAUGAUCUCAUUCAAUAACGCAAUAAUCUCCACAACCCCAUAAUUAUAAAGAAAUUGAAUAGUAUUGUGAUGAGUGAUGUCCAAGAUACACAACAUGCUAUAUACUAACCCUCUGUCUGCACAACCCCACCCCAAUACAAAAUUGGCUACUUAAACAAGAAGAUAAAAAGUAGUAUGCAUCUAUGAAUUUACUGAUCACUUCAUACAGUUUACGUGUAUAUGUAUACGUAGAUAUUGAUUUAUUGA